AAGGCUAUGAGAUAGAAAAAGAUAGGUUGAUCAAAUUGUGGAUGGCUCAAAACUAUCUUUUGACGGAUCAAAAUACAGAUUUGGAAUCAGCUGGUGAAAAUUACUUUAAAAGCUUAGCAAUGCGCUCAUUUUUUCAAGAUUUUAGGAAAGAUUAUUCUGAUGGAAGGAUAAUAGCAUGCAAAAUGCACAAUCUAGUGCAUGAGUUUGCUCAGCGUCUUUCAAAGAAUGUAUGUUUUUCUAUAGAAGUUGGUGACCCUCAAGAGUCUAGAUUAGAGUCUUAUGACAAAGCUCGACAUUCAAUGAUAAUGCUUGAAGAAAAAGGCUUGUUUCCUACUUCCAUUUUUAAUGGAAGAAAAUUAAGUAGCCUUAUGGUUGAGUGUAGAGGUAGUUUUAUGACUGGAGUUGUUUUAUCACAAUUAUUUGAUAAGUUCAAAUGUCUAAGGUCGUUAGAUUUGAGUAAGCCUCCUGGUUGCCACAAAAAUCCUGUGAAAGAGCUUCCAGGAGGAAUAAAAAAGCUGACACAUCUCAGAUACCUGAACUUGUCUAAUAACACAAAGAUGAAGGUAUUCCCUGAGGCACUGUGUGAUUUAUUUAAUCUUCAAACCUUGGACAUUACUUCUUGCUGUAAUCUCCAAAAACUACCUCAAGGGAUGGGAAAGUUAAUCAACUUGCGGCAUUUAAUGAACAGUCGGACUCAUUCACUGAGUUAUAUGCCAAGAGGAAUUGAGCGAUUAACUUGUCUUCGAACAUUAAAGGGAUUUGUUGUGGGCAGUGGUGGCCAUGGUAAUAAAGAAUGUAGCCUUGAAUGUCUGCAAAAUCUGAGUCAUCUUCAAGGGUCUUUCUUUAUAAGAGGAUUGGGAAAUGUGGUAGAUGCAAGUGGGGCUAAGAAAGUAGAACUUCAGAAUAAGAGAAACCUCGUUCGUUUGGAUCUAAAAUUCAAUGGGAAGAAGAAUAAGUGUGAUGAAUUAGUUCUUGAAGCGUUACAACCACCUACAGGAUUGCAGAGUUUGGGGAUAUAUGAUUAUAAAAGCAAAACUGUGUUUCCAAAUUGGAUGAUGGCUUUAACCAAGCUGAGCAUUUUAAGAUUGGAUCGUUGCAUUUAUUGUGAGCAUCUGCCUCCUUUGGGAAAGUUGUCAUCUCUUGAGUCACUCUUUAUAUGGAAUAUGAGGAGUGUGAAAAGAGUUGGCAAUGAAUUUUUGGGAAUAGAAAGUGUUGGUGCAUCAUCAGCCAUUGCCUUCCCGAAAUUGAAAUCGCUGGACUUCUGGAUGGCGGAAGAAUGGGAAGAAUGGGAUUAUGAGAUAGCCAGACGAGAAGAAAUAGAUAUUGCAAUCAUGCCAUGUCUUUGCUCCUUAACAAUUCGAUCCUGCAACAAAUUAAAGGAUUUGCCAGACCACCUCCUUCAGACAACAACGCUGAAAGAGUUGCGGAUCUAUGACUGCCAUAAACUGCAAAAUCGUUACAGAAAGGAGACAGGAGAAGAUUGGUCCCAGAUCUCUCAUAUUCCUAAUGUCACGGUUGAGGAUCAAUUCAUGCCUUAUCUUUCACAUUCCAAACAUCAUGAUUAAUCUUCAUUGACAUGCAGCACUUUUUCUUUCAAUUGUAAAAGAUAGUGAGCGCAUGUUCAUCUGUGAGG